AUGGCCGACGCCCAGGUUUUCGAAGAGACAUUCACCGUCACCUCCAUCAACAAUGAGAAAUACGACCGCGUCUCCCGCAUCUUUGGCACCUCGACCGACAGCCAAAUCACCAUGUCGCUCGAUAUCAACCACGAACUGUUCCCGGUAGAAGCUGGCCAGACCUUGAGCCUGGUUCUGGCAACGACAUUGGCGCUGGACGGCAGUGCCAAGGGCGACAACGACUCUAUGUGGAGGAGCGUCGGCAAGCAGGGUGUUACAACACUGGCCGACAUGUACGACUACGUGUGCUAUGGGAAGAACUACCGCAUGGAGGGUGGUGACGGCGACAUCAUAAAGUACUUCGCCAGCUUCGGCGGGCUGCUUCUGUACAUGGAGGGCCCUCACAGGAAGCUCAGCGGGCUCAAGAUCGACGACAUUUACAUGCUCAUCAAGCACUCAUAG